AGUUAAAGACAACUAAUUCAAGGGGUUUAAAUAUAUCUGUCAAUCACCAACUAUCUAGAAAACCAACUCAUUGGGUCAACCACAGAAAAACAAUAAAAAAUAAGUAAAUAAAUAAAUAAAAAAAAGAAAAAAAAUAGCAACAACAAUAACGUCAAACAUAGCAAGUAAGAAACCGUGGCCAUUUUUUUCAACCAAUUUAGCCGAAAAAUAAGCAGAAACAUCCUCCUAAAUACCAAUAUUCAAAUCCCUAUACGUGGACCAAUCGAACCCCUUCUCCCCCUCCUAAUUGCAAAUAUCAUCUCCUCUAAUCCCCCAAUCAACCAACAUGCAGGAAAAUAAACCAUUAAAUUUUACUACAUCCAUUCUCCUGCAUCUUUCCUUCAAAAAUACCAUUAAAAUCUUCAUUAAUAUAGCUACACAUUCCCUUCUCCCCUUGCUACAAUAUGAUCCUCACAUCAAAAUCCUUAUUUCCAUGGCUCCUAAUCGGCUCCUUCAUCUUCUUCAUCUUCUCCCAAAACUCUUCUUCUCCCCCAUUUAGAAUCAAAGAGCUCAAACAAAGAUUCAAUGGCGGGUGGAAACCAGGGUGUGAUAUUACCAAUGGAAGCUGGGUGAGAGAUAAUGGAAGCAGCCAUGGAUACACUAACCAGACAUGCAAAACUUUACCAGAGUCGAAAAACUGCGGCAAGUAUGGGAAGAAGGGGGAUUAUGAGAGGUGGAUAUGGCAGCCGACAAGGUGCGAGUUGCCGAGGUUCAGUGCUGUGGAAUUCCUUGAAAUUUCUAGAGGGAAGAGAAUGGCUUUUGUUGGAGAUUCGGUUGCUCGAAAUCAGGCGGAUUCACUCGUCUGCUUUCUCUCUGAGACCGAGAUUCCGAAACCAUUCCACAAAGAUCAAGAAGAUAAAUUUCCAAUUUGGUAUUUUGAAUCCCAUAAUUUCACUCUUAUGGUAAUGUGGACCAAAUUCCUGGUGCAAGGAACAGAAAAAUUAAUGAAUGGAUCUGGCUCUGGCGACUACGACCUUCAGUUGGACACGAUGGAUCGAGAAUGGACCGACAGACUUCACUUCAUCGACUAUAUAGUCAUUUCUAGCGGCCAUUGGUUCUCAAGAAAAAUCUACUUAUAUGAAGGUGGAGAACUCACCAGCUGCAUCUUCUGCUCUGACCAAAAUGUUACAAAUCAUGACCCCACUAUUGGCUUGCAAAAAGCCUUCAAAACCACACUACAAUUCCUAGACGAAGCCAGAGAGUCUGAUCAGAAUAUGUUCAUAGUGUUGAGGACAUUUUCACCGGCACACUUUGAAAACGGGACUUGGAACGAUGGCGGCUACUGUAACAGGACCAGACCAUUCGACGAAAGCGAACUAAGCAUGACGGGGACUUACUGGGACAUUCGAAACGCGCAAGUGGAGGAAGUGAAUAAAAUCAAAAUAGCUUCAAGGAAUGUGAAGAGACGGUUUGAGCUCUUGGAUAUCACGAAGGCAAUGAUGAUGAGGCCUGAUGCGCACCCGGAUUCAAACUGGAACAAUGAAUGGAUGAGAGGUUACAGAGAUUGCGUGCAUUGGUGCUUGCCAGGGGCUCUUGAUAUGUGGAACGAUAUGCUGCUGAUAUUGCUCAAGAAAUACUCAUGGGAGAUGGGUAAUAUAGAAGCUGAGAGAUCGUAUAACAGAUAAUGUGUAUCCUAUUGAUAAUUCGAUUAUUGUGAUCAAACUAAACAGCAAUUUAUGAUGAAGACAUGCAAAUUCUUUCUGUGCAACAAGAGCAUGAGGCAGAUGUGAUCAACAGCUAAAAGAUGCAAAAGAGUUCCUCAGAACUCAGAAGCAAAGGAUUUUCUUCGAGGGUUUUAGUUUAUUUUUUCUGAAGACUGUGAAAGAAAAAGAUCAAUGUUCAUUUACUUUCAGAUGUGAGCAUUAUGUAUCACUUUGAUGAGAACUAUCAUUUGUUGAUUUUUUGUAUAAAAUUCAAAUACUGCAGGAAA